AUUGUAACAGAACCAGUACAUAUAGUGGUACUAAGCAGGUGAAAUCAAAGGUAAUACCCGAAACCAACAUUGCUGUCAGAAGCCAUACCGCCUAUUCCCUGUACACCUUUACUAUAAGUUAUAGAGGCAAAGAACGUUAUAAUAACUUGCAUUUAGUUAUUCAGGCUUACUCCAUCAAAGCCGUUCGUCGCGAAGAGACGUGUUUGCCGCCAACCAGCAGCUCUGGGUUUCAUCUUAUCUCCGUACUCGUCUGCAUUGAGAUUGACAUUGCGCCUUUGCUGCCCGCUGUUGUGUCUGCAAAAGACACCAGCCAGUCGUCCGCGUCCUUCGGCUGCGUCAUUAGGCCGCCCAAAUGUCCCCGCCCGCUCCUGAUGCCCGGCUAACGGGCGUAUGGGUCAAGGACCCCUCCCGCUCGGACCCACUGGACGAGGCCAUGGACGCCAUGCAGCUGGGGGGGCUCACGCGUACGGCGGUGCGGCUGGUGCGUGGGCUGGAGCUGGACGUGAGGGGGGGCAGCAGGUUCGAGCUCGCCGUGUUCAGCGUGGUUCCCUGGUUCAAGGUGCGUGAGCGCUACCCGCUGGACGGCAGUGAGGUUCAGUGCGGCCGGAGGGACCUGCGCAGGGGCAAGCACUCUGGUUCUGUUGCCGUACAGCCCGACGGGUCCCUGCUGCUGUCCUUCACCUGGGGGGAGCCGUUCGCGGGGAGCGGGUACGACCACCUAGCUGUCGUGCCCGCUGCUACCCUGGCUGCCGCUGCUGUGGCGCCGGCGCCGGCGGAUCCCACAGAGGCAGGAGCCAGCGCCGGCGGCGACAGCAGCGGAGCCGGAGCAGCAGCAGCAGCUGCCGAACCGGGUAGUGGCGGUGCGAGCGGUGGUGGAGGUGGUGGUGAGGUGCUGGUGGUGACAUCGGUCAUGAAGGUGGGAGGAGCAGCAGGAGGGGCAUGUCGUACAGUGACCUACCGUACCGUGUAUGUGCGGGGCCGCACCUGAGGCGUGGAGGCGUGGGCCGCACCUGAGGCGUCUGGGCAUUUGAUGAGAGGAGGCUGACCCAUGGGUCUUACAGUCGCAGGGGGAUAGCAAAAACAUACAUUAGCAGCAUGUAUAGUAGCAAAGUGUAUAAGAGAAGAGCGUGGGCAGAAGAUGGUUGCAGGUUGUAGGGAGACGGCCAAUCCUUUGAAGCACAGAAAGGGUGCCUUCUCGGGAGUUGCAUUUUUGUACAUUUUGUCAAUUGCAUUUUGAUUGAAAGUAUUGGGGACAGAUGCGAAGAUAUGAAGUUGUUGAAGAACUUCAUACAGCAGGAGUUGGAAGGUUACUAGGAGGCGGAGUAGACAUGUGGAGGCUUCUUUUCAGCAGAUUGGCUGGACUACUGCUCUUUUGCCAGAAUUGUUUACUGGUAAUCCUCGUAAGUUCUGCUGAGGGAGGGGUGUUACUCAUACCACGUUGCGAUUGUGUACCUGAUACUGGUAAUGGCUCGUGCAUUAGGUGCGGUAUGUACCCGCAUGUGCCUUUAGGGCUGCUGGCGUCCAUGGGUGUUAUGUCCAGAGCUGCAGUGGAUGGCAUGGCACCAUAUCAGCCGGGUGUGCUGCGGCCUCCUUGGAUUUCGUUAGCUCAUGCCGGCCGCCCCAUCAUGUAAGGCAGUUAGGCGGAGGAAGUUAGGCAUGCUUGCGGAGGGGACAAAGGUGGAGUCCUGGUGAGUUACACACACACGAAGCAC